AUGAAGAAGACACAAACUUGGAUUAUCACUUGCAUUUAUCUUCAACUGCUCCUAUUUAAUCCUCUCGUCCACUCUCAAGGGAUCUGCGGGAGCCGUGUGACUGAUGAUGUGAAAGACGUUACAAAAUUGGUGGCAAAUCUUCCAAAAGACUAUAUGAUAACCCUCAAAUAUGUCCCCGGGAUGGACGUUUUGCCUAGUCAUUGUUGGAUAAGCGAGAUGGUGGAACAACUGUCAGUCAGCUUGACGGAUCUUUUGGACAAGUUUUCAAAUAUUUCUGAAGGCUUGAGUAAUUAUUCUAUCAUAGACAAACUUGUGAAAAUAGUUGAUGACCUUGUGGAGUGCAUGGAAGAACACUCAUCUGAGAAUGUAAAAAAAUCAUCUAAGAACCCAGAACCCAGGCAGUUUACUCCUGAGAAAUUCUUUGGAAUUUUUAAUAAAUCCAUCGAUGCCUUCAAGGACUUGGAGAUAGUGGCUUCUAAAAUGAGUGAAUGUGUGAUUUCCUCAACAUCAAGUCCUGAAAAAGAUUCCAGAGUCAGUGUCACAAAACCAUUUCUGUUACCCCCUGUUGCAGCCAGCUCCCUUAGGAAUGACAGCGGUAGCAGUAAUAGGAAGGCCUCAAAUUCCACUGAAGAUUCCAACCUACAAUGGGCAGCCGUAGCAUUGCCAGCAUUCUUUUCUCUUGUGAUCGGGUUUGCUUUUGGGGCCUUAUACUGGAAGAAGAAACAACCAAAUCUUACAAGGACAGUUGAAAACAGACAGAUUAAUGAAGAGGAUAAUGAAAUAAGUAUGUUGCAAGAGAAAGAGAGAGAGUUUCAAGAAGUGUAA